AUGCCCCGAGAAAACAUGGCCUCCCUUAUCCAACGGAUCGCCCGCCAGGCGUGCCUCACCUUCCGGGGCAGCGGGGGCGGCCGCAGCUCUUCCGACCGCUGCGAGGCGCCAGGCCCGGAGGCGCCGAUACAGCAGGGCUUCCCGGAGAACCUGAGCAAGCUGAAGAGCCUGCUGACCCAGGUCCGCGCGGAGGACCUGAACAUCUCCCCGCGUAAGGCCACGCUGCAGCCGCUGCGGCCCAACCUGCCGCCCGUCACCUAUAUGCACAUCUGCGAGACCGACGGCUUCAGCCUCGGCGUGUUCCUGCUCAAGAGCGGCACCUCCAUCCCGCUGCACGACCACCCGGGCAUGCACGGCAUCCUCAAGGUGCUCUACGGGACCGUGCGCAUCAGCUGCAUGGACAAGCUGGAGGUGGGCAGCGGGCAGCGGCCGCGGGCCCCGCCACCAGAGCAGCAGUUCGAGCCGCCUCUGCAGCCCCGGGAGCGGGACGCGGUACAGCCGGGCGUGCUGCGCUCGCGGGCAGAGUACACGGAGGCCAGCGGCCCGUGCUUCCUCACGCCGCAACGGGACAACCUGCACCAGAUCGACGCCGUGGACGGGCCCGCCGCCUUCCUGGACAUCCUGGCCCCUCCCUACGACCCCGACGACGGCCGGGACUGCCACUAUUACCGAGUGCUGGAGCCUGUCAGGGCCAAGGAGGCCUCCGGCUCGGCCUGUGACCUGCCCCGAGAAGUGUGGCUCCUGGAGACCCCGCAGGCCGAUGACUUCUGGUGCGAGGGGGAGCCUUAUCCAGGUCCCAAGGUCUUCCCUUGA